CAAGAACAUUCAUGUUGUGAUUUGCUUGUACAACCAUUGCGGUCCUAAGCAUUAGCAGCUGUCUAAUAUGGACACGGGGUUGAUUUGAAGCUAUUUUGAAGCUUUUAACAAAACGUAUAAAAUGUAUAACUAAGAUGGUGUUGGUUCAUUAUUAAAAAUCGAAAACGAUUAGUGUUGAAAUAUUUCUUACAAAUUUCACUACAAUUGGACGCCUAUAUAUUCACUGGGUGGAGGUGGUUGACUAGAAGCUAGAACUAAACAAUAACCUAUUGGCAAUUCUAAAAAUGGUUCGCAGCCGUCGUUCAAUAUCAAAGGAGGAUGCUUCUUCGGUGCUGGCUGAUAGCGGAAUAUCGCUUUCUUCGCCGCCCGCGAAUCAGAAACGGUUUCCCCAUCUUAAUGAGGACGAGGAGCAAGCUAUUUUGGAUGAACUCUGUGUAACCGAUGACGACAGUGGAUCCGAUUUAAUAGAAUUGGACAAUGUUGAAAAGGUGGUUAUCAGCGACAAUGACGAGAGCCAGCCAGAGUUCGAGUACAAAGAUGCAGCUUAUUCUGAGAGGGAGGAUAGCAGUUGCAAAAGUGUGACCGGUGAGCCAUCUAGUAAGCGCCCCCGAAAGAGUUACACUUGUGAUGUCUGCCUGAAGGAAUUCAGAGGCAAAUCAGACCUCACCAGGCACAAAUUCAUACAUACUGCUGAGAGGCCGUACAAAUGUGAAUUGUGCGGCAAUUGCUAUCGCCAGGAAGUUAACCUAAAGAACCACAUAACAUCGGCCCACAAGAAGAUCAAGGAGUUUGCUUGCAGGGAGUGUCCAAAAACAUUCGCCCUAAAGGAAAGACUUCGAUUACAUAUGCGUGUGCACACGGGUGAGAAGCCCUACGAAUGUAAGCAGUGCGAUAAACGCUUCGCAAGAGGCGGUCAGUUGAACCAGCACAUGGUGAGCCAUCAUCAGGACGCCCCCAAGCAGUUCAAAUGUGAGAAAUGUUCGUCGCGUUUUUCGACUCCGGCAAACUUGAAAGCUCAUAUGCAGGGACACGAGGAGACCCCGGAUUGCUUUUGUGAAAUAUGCAGAGAGCAUUUUGCAAACGAUGUCUUGCUGAAGGCGCACACCUACAAAAUGCACUACAAACUAAAGCAAAUGGAUUGCGAGAUAUGCCAAAGACCCAUUGAGGAAAAUGAUUUGGUGGAGCAUAUGAAAAUACAUUCAAAUACGAAAACACACGUAUGCGAGAUCUGCAAUUCGGUGUUUAUGCAAAAGUCGCAGUACAAUGUGCAUAUGCGAAUGCAUACCGGUGAAAGACCGUUCCAGUGCAGGAUCUGUUGCCAGACAUUUGCUCACUCGAGUGUCCUAAAGUUACAUGUGCGAAAGCAUACUGGCGAAAAGCCCUUCAAUUGUUUGCUGUGCAAAGAUGACGAGGUGGCGUUCUCGCAGUUGGCUCACUUAAAGACGCACAUGAAGAAGAUACACAAGCAGCUAAAGCCCUAUAUGUGUGAGGGUUGUCAGGAUUUCUUCAAAGUUAAGCUGGAGCUGGAUGUCCAUCAACGUGAGUGCAAGAAGUGCAGCGUCAGUGUUGAGCAACAGCAAAUUCAACAUAAUGAGACACAAACUCUGUCACAUAUUCGAUUUCUGAUGGCCAUAUUGCUGAAGAAAAUAUCUUCUGAGCAAAAACUGCAACAGUUGGGAUUUGAGAAACGUCUAAUCGAUAAUGUUGUAAUAGCCGCCCUAAAAUUGGCGAAGCGAAAAGCCUCCGAAGAUCUCAAGCUAUCUCAUUUGGAACGAAUGCGCAUGAAUGUCGAAGAAUUCCUCAACUGGAUUGUACCCCCAAAUGUGAUGGAGAAGUUCAAGGAAGAAAAACUAGAAACAGAGAAUAUUUUGGAAAAAAUUGUCUCCAUGUACAUGAAACAAAAGUGAAACAAUCGAUCAUGUGUAGUACACAAACAGUUCGAAACAUAAGAAGGUGCCAUCAUUAAAUAAGCCUCUAAACUACCGUCUAAUAUUUAGAUUUUUUUUUUAAGAAUUGCAUCUUGCCAUUUAUUUUAAAUUAACCAACAACAUAAUGUCCAAUCCAAAGAAUUAGUUUAACGCCUACCCUACACUGAAUUCCCAAAGAUUUUACAUAACUUUUUAUUGAUUUAUAGUUUUAAUGGAACGUACCACUAUUAAUUUCUUACUACUACCAAAUGAACAUUUGAAAUGUUUGCGUUUUGUAUUUAAGCAAAAGCUAGUCAAGCUUUCUUUUCUUGCCACUCUUGAAUUACUAUAUAAUCUAAUUACUUCAUACACAUACUGUAUACUACAUAUAAGUCUAUAUACCAAAUAUGAGAAUUUCAACCAAAAAGAAAAAUGUCAAAUACACAUACAUUUGUAAUUUACAAAUGAAUUUAUAUACACCGAAUAAUGUG